AUGAGCGGAUUCGCCGAAACAUGUCUGUCGUGCUUCUCGACGGUCGACCGCUGGUGCCACAUCACGGCGUGCCUGGGUCCCAUCGCCGGUCGCUCGCGCGAUGGCAUCUACGAGACCACCCUCGCCGAUGACGAGCGAGAAGCGGUCUCCGACCUACUCGGCUACUUGGAGAAUCGCACCGAGACCGACUUCUUUUCCGGCGAACCCCUGCGCGCCUUGAGUACCCUGGUGUACUCGGAGAACGUCGACCUCCAACGGAGUGCGAGCUUGACCUUUGCCGAAAUCACAGAACGAGACGUCCGCGAUGUCGAUCGGGAUACCCUCGAACCCAUCCUCUUCCUCCUACAGAGCUCCGACAUUGAAGUCCAACGGGCCGCCAGCGCCGCCCUGGGCAACCUCGCCGUCAAUGCGGAUAACAAGGUGUUGAUUGUCGCUCUCGGAGGGCUGGCGCCGCUGAUCCGCCAGAUGGUGUCGCCUAACGUCGAGGUCCAGUGCAACGCCGUCGGGUGCAUCACCAACCUGGCCACCCACGAGGAGAAUAAGGCUAAGAUCGCCCGGUCGGGCGCCCUGGGGCCCCUCAUCCGCCUGGCCAAGUCCAAGGACAUGCGCGUCCAGCGGAAUGCCACGGGGGCGCUCCUGAACAUGACCCAUUCUGAUGACAACCGACAGCAGCUCGUCAAUGCCGGCGCCAUCCCCGUCCUCGUCCAGCUGCUCUCCUCCCCCGACGUCGACGUGCAGUACUACUGCACCACCGCGCUCAGCAACAUCGCCGUCGACUCGUCCAACCGCAAGCGCUUGGCCCAGACCGAGUCGCGCCUGGUCCAGUCGCUCGUCCACCUGAUGGACUCCUCCACCCCCAAGGUGCAGUGCCAGGCGGCCUUGGCCCUGCGCAACCUGGCCUCCGACGAGAAGUACCAGCUCGAGAUCGUCCGCGCCAAGGGCCUGCCGCCGCUCCUGCGCCUCCUCCAGUCCUCCUACCUGCCGCUCAUCCUCUCCGCCGUCGCCUGCAUUCGCAACAUCUCCAUUCACCCGCUGAACGAGUCGCCCAUCAUCGACGCCGGCUUCCUCAAGCCCCUGGUCGACCUGCUGGGCUCGACCGACAACGAGGAGAUCCAGUGCCACGCCAUCUCGACCCUGCGGAACCUGGCCGCCAGCUCCGACCGGAACAAGGAGCUCGUCCUCCAGGCGGGCGCCGUCCAGAAGUGCAAGGACCUGGUCCUGCGCGUGCCCCUCAGCGUGCAGUCCGAGAUGACCGCCGCCAUCGCCGUGCUGGCCCUCAGCGAUGACCUCAAGCCGCACCUGCUGACCCUGGGCGUGUUCGACGUCUUGAUCCCGCUGACCGAGUCGGAGAGCAUCGAAGUGCAAGGGAACAGUGCCGCGGCGCUGGGCAACCUCUCCUCCAAAGUGGGAGACUAUACUAUCUUCGUGCGCGAUUGGGCGGAUCCCAACGGUGGCAUCCACGGCUACCUGCGGCGCUUCCUGGCCAGUGGCGACCCGACCUUCCAGCACAUCGCCAUCUGGACGCUCCUGCAGCUGCUGGAGUCGGAGGACCAGCGGCUGAUCGGGUACAUCGCCAAGUCGGACGACGUGGUGCAGAUGGUCCGGUCGAUCUCGGACCGCAAUAUCGAGUCGGACGAGGAGGAUGCCGACGACGGCGAGGGUGAGGUCAUUGCGCUGGCUCGACGAUGCCUCGAAUUCCUGGGGAGUGGGCCGCGACCGACGCUGGUCGAGGGCUGA